UUAAACAGCUCUGUUUUAAUCGCUAAUUUCCACAGUAUUCAGGACAUCUGUGUUGGUGAAUCUUUUGGAAAUUUGUUCAAUUAACAAUGGAGACUGCAAAAAAGAGAGUUGUAGGGAAGCGGUGUGUUGCUGCUGGAUGUAGCAACACAAACCAAAACACAACCGGUGUUUCAUUGUUUCUUUUCCCAAAAGAUGGCGGCCAAGCUUUACUAUGGAACAAAGAAGUCAAGCGAACACGGUUGGAUUGGACGACACAUACGAAAAAUGGGAAUCAGCACUCGUCGACUCGUGCUGAAGAAAGGUGCGAAGCCAACUAUUUUCGAUAGACCACGGACAAGUCCGGAGCACCCGACCCCCUCCACAAGCGGACAGACUGGGCACAUGAGGUCUGCAUUUGCCAAAAGGGAAAGGAAGAGGACAAUAGAUCAGAUCAUGGACAGUACGACUACGGCAUCAGUGGCGGAUGCGGUGGAUGAACCAAUGGCAAUGGCACUAGAUUUGCCUGAUGAGGAGGGCGAUCAAGAUCAGGGAAAUACAAGAGAACAAGGAUGCCAGACGGACUGGGUACCGAUUGGGACAGCACCAACAGCAAUGACCAGUAGCAAGAGCACCCAAACAGGGAAAAUACAUCAUAGAUCAAAGGGACACCAGGUGACCCCAGAUAUCCUCGAGAGGGUUAGAGCUCGGCCGGCCAGGGUUAGUGAAGUCCCAUUGUCAAGUGUAGCAGCUCCAUCUGACAGCCCCGAGAUGCAGACUAACAUAGCAGCUCCAGGUGUGUCUGGAAUGCAAGCCAAGCUACGACCACCUCCUGCAUUGUUUGAUGAAGGACCAGCAUCAAGUCCCACUGCGCCUUUUGUUGGUGGUUCUUCCGAUGACAGCUAUGUGCCGAGUGAGUCAACGACAUCGGAUCCGUGUCAAUCUGACGGGUCGCCAGAUCGCCCAUGUACUCACCAGAUGCAUGAAGAGGGCUGCCACAAGGAACCGAAGUACAUCAUCUUUGAGUCGUGCCUCCAGAGUCUCGUCAAGUGGUGUCACUGUCCAGUCUGUGGCAGCCAGGACAUAAGCCCUUCUUGGGAUUCGAACGGUACACAGCUGACCAUGACUCUUCAAUGUGCAUCAUGUGACCAGAGGAGUAGUUGGAGCAGCCAGCCAAACAUUGGCCCUUAUGCCGCGGGCAACAUCCUGCUGUCUGCUGGCAUCCUCUUCGCUGGGGCAUCUUCUGGCAAGGUGUUGCAAGUGCUGAACAGCAUCGGAGUGGUCACGUAUGUGAAGAGGACAUUUUUCAACCACCAGGAGCUCAUCCUGCAGCCAGCCAUCAAAAAGGUGUGGGAGGAACAGCAACGGACGCACCUCACCAUGCUGCAGGUGGAAGGCCGACCCCUCGUCCUUGGUGGUGAUGGGCGAGCAGACAGUCCGGGACACAGCGCCAAGUUCGGUACCUACACCACAAUGGAGCUUGUGGCCAAUGUGGUUCUCGACCUUCAGGUUGUACAGAGCAACGAAUGUCUUGGCAGCUACCAUAUGGAGAUGGAAGGACUGAAGAGGAUGGUGGAACUGCUGAUCAGCUGGGACCUGGAUGUCGGGGUGCUGGUGACAGACAGACACAGACAGAUCGCUAAAUGGAUUCGUGAAAACAUGCCCAAUACACGGCACUGCUAUGACAUCUGGCAUGUUGCAAAAUCCAUCGGAAAGAAACUGAAGGCCAUCGCCAAGCAUAAGGACUGUGAAGACCUGAAGCCCUGGGUGCAAAGUAUAAUCAACCACCUCUACUGGGCAGCAGUGUCUACACCGCCUGGAGAGGGGGAACUUCUGGUUGCCAAGUGGAAGUCUGUGGAGCGACACAUUCAGAACAUCCACAAGGACCAUGGCGACCUCUUCCCAAUUUGUACUCAUGGACAACUGCAACGGCAAAAGAAAUGGCUCAAACAAAGUUCACGCUCAGCAGUGAAACUGGAGGAGGUGGUCAACAACAAGUCCCUGCUAAAAGAUAUCGCCAUGCUGUCGGGUGAACAACAGACUUCCAAGGUGGAGGCGUUCCAUAGCCUUAUCAUACAGGUGAGAAUUAGACUGAUCGCCUGUAGGUGGUGUCGGUGGUUACCACCUGCCACUAGGACUUUGGUGGCCAGGGAGCAAAAUACUAGAGCAUACUAAAUGAAGCCUUGAUACAGU